AUGGUCAAAAUUAAUACUGACAUCCAAACUCAAAAUGAACCUCACGACAUUGAAUAUUUUCCUGAAACUGAAGAAGAGCUAAUAAUUAGAACUGCUCCUACUUAUAAUCAUCAAGAAAGCCCUUCAAGUCUAAAUUCAAAACAGAAAAAUAAAAAAGGGCAACUCAGCCAACUUAAUGAGUCAUCUGCGGUUUUUGAAAAAACCGCAGUUGGGUGUAUCAUAAAUUUUUUAAGAAAACAGAGCCCCUCGCCUAUUGAAAAUAUAAUUAAGCAUGUGAAGUCUAAUGAAGACUCCCUUAUAGCUUCACAUAAAGGGAAACACAAAAAAAAUGCUUUUCAAAUAGUCGAUUAUGCAUUAACUUGGUAUCCAAAAAAUUUUCUAUUAAACGACAGUUUCCACUAUUAUUUAAAUGUAAAUUUUAUAUAGGAAGAAGAGGCUCAAAAGUAUGAAAGAAAAUUUAUUUUAAAGGCUGUAACACUUUCAAAGAAAAACAAGUCAAUAUAUAAGGAAAAAAUAAAGCAGAAAAGGGAAAGAGUCGAGAAAAUGAAGAGAAUUAAAGAGAAAAUAGAAGCAGAAUUGAGCAGUGGUGCAAGCGAGAUUUCAAUAAUGACUAAGACAUACCUGAUGCUGAUGUCAGGUAAUGAGAAGGCAGCUGAAGAGCUACGGAUAGUAAUCAGGAAUGCUUAUCUUACAUUUAAAAAUAUAAUCUAG